AUGCCCUUUGGCCUCACCAACGCCCCGGCCGCCUUCCAACAUUUCAUGAAUGACUUGUUCAGGGACCUCAUCAACGUCACAGUGGUAAUCUACUUGGAUGAUAUCCUCAUCUUCUCAGAAGACCCCGAGAAGCACCCGGAACACGUUAGGGAAGUCCUAUCAAGGCUAAUGAAAAACCAGUUGUUUUGUAAGCUCUCUAAAUGCCACUUCCACGUCACUACAGUUGACUACCUUGGCAUCGUUAUAUCCCCGGCAGGCUUCUCUAUGGAUCAGAAGAAGAUCGAGGCGGUUACAUCAUGGCCCCAGCCUAAAACAGUCAGACAGGUGCAGGCCUUCCUGGGAUUUGUGAACUAUCUCCGCCAAUUCAUCCCCCACUUUAGUUCCGUAGCUUGUCCCCUUCACAACCUCACAAAAAAGGAAACCCCAUGGUCCUGGGGAACCCAAGAAGAGGAAGCUUUCCAGGAGUUAAAGUCCCUAGUCACCCGCUCCCCGGUCCUAAUCCAUUCAGACCCAGAUCUCCCCUAUUACCUAGAGACAGAUGCGUCGGGCGUAGCCAUGGGAGCCAUCCUGAGCCAACAAGGGGAAGACAACCGCCUUCAUCCAAUUGCAUAUAUGUCCAAAUCCUUUUCCGGGGCAGAAGCCAACUAUGACACCCAUGAUAAGGAACUCCUAGCCAUAAUCAAGGCAUUAGAAGAAUGGCGGAUCUUCCUUGAAGCAACAGACAGACCAAUCCAGGUGUUCACAGACCAUAGAAACCUGGAAUAUUGGAUGCAGGCACAGACGUUCAACAGAAGACAUGCACGCUGGCGGAUUUUCCUGAGCGAUUUCAACUUCGAGAUACACUACCGCCCAGGGAAACAAUCAGGAAAACCCGACGCCCUUUCCAGAAGGUCAGACUACAUAGACUCCCCAGUAGAACCAGAAGUCAUGCUACCGUCAGAGGUCUUUGCGAAUACAUCAGAGGCAGAACUUGAGAUCGUCACGGAAAUUUGUUCCAGACUCAGGGAGGACCCAUCCCUGGAACCCAUCAUCCAGUUCCUGACAGAAGACGCGGACAACGCACCCCCCUCCAUUCGGAAGGCUUACAGAGACUACGACUGGGAAGAAGACCUACUAUGGUAUCGAGGGAAACUUGUGGUUCCAGAUUCAGAAGUCCUAAAGGAGCGAUUACUCAGGGAAUCCCAUGAUUCCCCACUAGCCGGUCAUCCAGGUCAGCAAAGAACCCUCGAACUCCUAAGUCGUAACUACUGGUGGCCUGGCAUGAAGUCUACAGCCAAGGAAUGGGUAGAAUGUUGUCCUAUCUGUCAAGCCAACCGACGCGCUCAUGCUCCUGUCAUUGCCCUUAAACCCCUAGAAGUCCCCCCUUAUCCGUUCCACACCAUCUCUUAUGACUUCAUUACAGGGUUUCCCAAGUCUCAGGGUCACGACGCUAUACUGGUGGUAAUAGACUCCUUUUCCAAAUUUGGCCACUUCAUCCCCACUUCCAAGAAGGUCACAGCAAGGGGUCUGGCGGAUCUAUUCAUUACCCACGUCUGGAAACUCCAUGGGCUACCUGUCAAAACAGUCUCGGAUAGAGGAACUACCUUCACGGGGAAAUUCCUAAGGGCACUUUACCAGCAACUUGGAGUGAAACCAGCAUUCUCCUUGGCCUAUCACCCAGAGUCAGAUGGGCAAACGGAAAGAGUCAACCAGUUCAUUGAAUUCUACCUACGCUCCUACGUAGCAGCCAAUCAUUCUGAUUGGGCAGCUUGGUUACCACUGGCAGAAUAUGCGUACAAUAAUGCCAAAACAUGCAGCAACGGGAAAAACACCCUUUGA